CCGCAUGGAGAAUUGAUGGAAAUUCAAAUCGGGGAAAGAGAGGAGCAGACCACUAAAGUCGGGAGAGAGUUAGAGGAUGAAUUGCGUAGACAGUUGGUGGGGUUGUUGAAAGAAUUCAAGGACAUAUUUGCCUUUUCCCCUGAAGAAUUAACGGGAAUCGACCCCGAUGUCAUGGAACACAAACUUAAUGUCGAUCCCUUCAGAAAGCCAGUGAAACAACGACUCCGGCAUCAUGGAGCGAAAAUCGAUAAGGCAAUCGAGGUCGAGGUGGACAAAUUACUGAAAGCUAAACAUAUCAAAGAAAUUCAGUUCCCUGAAUGGAUAUCGAACACUGUGAUGGUGAGAAAAGCAUUGAAUAAAUGGCGUAUAUGCAUUGAUUUUCGCGAUUUGAAUUUAGUAUGCCCGAAAGAUCACUACCCUUUGCCAAGAAUCGACCAGCUGGUCGACUCCACGGCCGACUGUCAACUGUUAAGUAUGAUGGACUCAUCCCAAGGGUAUCAUCAAAUUCCGCUGGCCCCCGAGGAUCAAAGCAAAGUUAGUUUCGUGACGAGCAAGGGGACGUAUUGUUAUGUCGUCAUGCCCUUUGGGCUAAAAAAUGAGGGGGCAACGUAUCAAAGGUUAAUGGAUCGAAUGUUUGAACCCCAAAUCGGGCAAAAUGUAGAGGUGUACGUGGACGAUAUCCUGGUGAAAAGCAAGUCCUCGAUCUCGCAUGUAGAAGAUUUAAGGGAGACAUUCAAGACAUUGAGAACAUUUGGGAUGAAGCUAAACACGAGUAAGUGCGCUUUCAGAGUGAAGGCGGGACGAUUCUUGGGAUAUGUAGUGACUGAAAGGGGCAUCGAAGUAAACAAGGAUAAAGUAAAGGCUAUACUCGAUAUGGCCGCACCCAGAAGCAUCAGAGAUAUACAAGUCUUGGCAGGACGAAUUGCUGGCCUGAGCAGAUUCAUUGCUCGCGCAGCAAAGAAAAGUUUCGCAUUUUUCAAAUUGCUUAAAAAGAAAGCUUUCCAAUGGAGUGACGAGGCGCAAGUAGCAUUCGAAAAAUUGAAAGAAUUUCUGAGUGAAUUGCCACUAUUAACAAAACCAGAACCAGGUGAUGAGCUGGUGUUUUACAUCUCAGUGGGAGUAUUCUCCUUAAGCUCAGUUUUGUUGCGAGAAGCAGCAGGAGCCCAACAGCCGAUCUAUUACACGAGUCGAGUACUUCAGGGUGCAGAAACGAGGUAUUCUGAAGUCAAAAAAGCUGCCCUGACAUUAGUCAUAACAACUAGGAAGCUAAGGCCAUAUUUCUUGAACCAUGUAAUAAUAUUAAGAACGAAUUUCCAGCUCGGAGAGACCCUGGGGCGACCUACUAUUUCAGGUCGACUCGUAAGAUGGGCGGUUGAACUAAGCGAGUACUCCAUCAAGUAUGAACCAAGACGAGCCAUAAAAGCCCACGCCUUAGCCGAUUUUAUCCAAGAAGGAACUAAGGUAGAAGAGAAGAAAUGGGUAAUGCAUGUUGAUGGAUCUUC